AGGAGGUGUUACCAUAGUGAUCCGGUCCUUAGCCUGCUGUGUCCUCCCUGGGCCCGUCAGCGCGACGGCCGUGACGUCAUCACUCCGCGCCACCAUUGACCGACGACGCAAGGGAGAAAAGAGCGCGACCCGGGCCCGGGGAGGGGAUGAGAGGACACGGGAGGCACUGCGGCCACCAACCGGGAUCACUACGAUGAGGCACACGCCAGUUCAGCGCCACCUGCCUCCAUUCUCCCUCUUGCCCCCAGGGAGACGGGAUAAGCUAUUCCAGGGUCGGAGUGAAGAAAGAUGGAGGCCAGAAGAAGAUGAUGAGGAAGAGGAGAUGAGCUUUAGGUCAUGCACACCUCCUCCCAGACAACACAGAGGAAGGCGGCAGAAACUGCGUGCUCUUCGCGCUCUCUACCUUCGCCUCUAUAAGCGCUCUGUUACACUGCCUUUUUAUUGGAAACUUUGGGGAGGCCUGGGGGUUCGGAGGAGGCGCCCAGUCUUCAGGAGAAGGGAAGGGGGGGGUUCAGUUGGGAUUGAAGUGAGAAAGACACAACAUGUGGAAGGCAUCCUGGAAACUGGAUCGGAGGCAAAUUAUUUAGCAGAAACUUCAGGUCCCCCUCCUGGACUCCCCAAUGGAUUCUCUCCCCUCCCCUCAGAACAUGGCUCCAUCCUCAUCACUAAUGUGUGCAGCAUGGGGAACCAAGACAGCCAUACCUCCAAUGGGCCACACGCACAGGACGACCUAUCUCCACCUCCUGAAAAAGAGCCUCCCGCGGCGCUCACAGAGGAACAUGUGGCGUGUGUACAAAGUUUUCUGGACCAGUUUCUCCAUACAUAUGGGAGCCUCAUACCUGUUGGAACCGAGGAGGUCUUGGAAAAGCUUGAAGAUGUUUUUCAACAAUCGUUUUCUACACCUGCAAGGAAAGUAGUUGUGCAGCAUUUAAUCCAAUCAUACCAGCGUCUUCCUGGGAACGCCUUGGUACGCAGCUUCCGUGUUACAUACAAGAGACAUGUUCUAAGCAUGGACGAUUUGGGGACUCUGUAUGGACAGAACUGGCUCAAUGACCAGGUAAUGAACAUGUACGGAGAUUUAGUAAUGGAUGCUGUACCAGACAAGGUUCACUUCUUCAAUAGCUUCUUCUAUGACAAGCUGCGAACAAAAGGAUAUGAAGGAGUUAAGCGCUGGACUAAAAAUGUUGAAAUAUUUAACAAACAACUGCUCCUAAUUCCCAUCCACUUGGAGGUUCACUGGUCCCUGGUGUGUGUGGAUGUUUCCAGACGAACAGUCACUUACUUUGAUUCCCAGCGCACGCUGAACAGACGUUGCCCGAAGCACAUAGCCAAAUAUCUCCAGGCUGAGGCCAUUAAGAAGAACCUGCCAGAGUUUGCCAACGGUUGGAAGGGCUUAUUCAAGAUGAACAUUGCAAGACAGAAUAACGACAGUGAUUGUGGGGCGUUUGUAUUGCAGUACUGCAAGUACCUGGCGCUUGGUCUCCCGUUCUCGUUCGGCCAGCAGGAUAUGCCCAAACUUAGACGUCAGAUCUACAAAGAGCUGUGUCACUGCAAGCUGACUGUAUGAGGGCGUCCCCCCCCCCCCCCCCCCCCCCCAGGAGGGAUUAAUGUCUGGACUGACCCAGAAUCCAGCUCUGCAGAACUGUUUACCUCUCUCCUAUUAGGAGCUGCCUGUGGGUGGAGGGUCUGCUCUGCUUACAACUUGCUGGAACUUCGUGGAGCAUAUGGCCUGUCUCUGCCGACACUUUGCAGGUCCCCCACCUGUAUGUUGGACUGAAGUGAGACCACCAUUUUUCUUCAUUUUUUUUGUUUUUGUUUUGUUAAUCCCCUUUUUCCCUGGUACUCGUGCAGACCCAGUCCUCUGACCUGCAGAGCCUUUCCUUUGGCUCGUCCCAUGUUGCUUUUUUAAAAAGCAGUUCCCUACCUUUUGUUUUCUGUUUUUGUUUUUUACUGUUUUGUUUUUUCAUAUUUAAAUGUUUUCUGGGAAAAAAAUGUAGUUUCUUUUUUUUU